ACAUGAAUCUCUUGCAGGAUAGCCUUUCCCAUCGUGUGCGAUGAAUCCCUCACGUUGACCAUCCGUAUAAUUACCUACAUAUCAAUCAUAAAAUAGAACAUCAGUGAAGGAAUGUGUCGGUUAGAAAAUUAUCGAGACAAACAUCAGCCAAGAGCAUCUCAUAAAUCUAAGAGCUCAAUGACAAACGAAUCAGAGAUAUCUGGAUUGAAGAAACAACUCAGAGUAAAAAUAUCAUUUUUUUAUUCUUUUAUCAUAUUAUCACAUAAAUAACUCAAUUCAAUGAUCAUUAUGGCUCACAUAAUACUAAAACCAACCAAUAAAACAUUUUUUAAACAUAAGAAUAAAACACCAAACAAUUUCUAGAAAACAAUCAAACUCAUUUAGCAAGAAGCUCUAACGCAAUCAAACAAAUAAACCACUUUAAUCAAUCUUCAAACAGAUCUUAUCAACUAAAUGUUAGGAAAUUCUAUUUCCAAUUAUGAUAUGGGCCACAUAUUUUACAAUUAUAUGGGCUAUUUGGUUAUGUUGGCUAAUUGAAAGUGAUCCAAUUAGGAGCCCAAAGACAUCUUGCAUUGAUAUGGGCAUAAAUGGGUGGAAACCCAAUACUUGUUCACCUUGGGUCUUAUGGGAGCCCAUGGUGACUAGUAUAUAAAGGAGCUUGAGGUUGUGGUCCCCAAGACACCAAGACGAAACACUCUCUUCUUCUCCCCAUCAGGAAGAUCAGAGGAUUCCCGUUAGUGGUCUAAGGAGGCUUGGUUGAGGAAGAUCAUGCUACCUCCCGGAUCGUGCUCCCAGAAGUAUCGUCCGGUUGCAUAUCGUCUUAUGUUUUCCGCAUCAAGAUCCAGAGGAUCAACCGACCCGAAUCCAGUUAUUCCUACUAAUCUUUGAUAAUCUUAUAGGAUGAAGUUCCGGGGAUUACAUAUGUUAAAAGUAAUUCUAACAAGUGGUAUCAGAGCCCUUCAUCUUUGUUUGGUUAUUGGGAUUUUGGAAUGCAUUUUGGAACACUUUGAUUCUGUGUUUUCCUCCUUGUGGUUCCUUUGGAACACUUUGGCAUGUUUAUCUUUGAUAAUCUCAUGAAAUUAUGUAUUCAUAUUAAGUUUUAUAUGCUUUUUGUGUUGAUGGGGAAAUUGUGGUUUCAUUUUUUGUUGAAUCCAGAACUGCACAAUACUUGCAUGCUACUAUUCGAAACUCAUGCAAGUGAUUAAUUUUUUCACCCAUACUGCGUUGGGGGAAGUUUUCUGGGUUUCUUUAGGCAAUUGUUGCUUUAUCCCAUCUAGUUUGGUUUUCCCCUCUAAUUAGUCGUUUCAGUAAUUAAAGACAAGAAACUAAUCACAGAAUGCAUGAAUGCGGUUUUGAUAAUUAGAGGGAACCGGUAAGUCAUAAGUUUUUUUUUAUUUAUGCUACUAUUCAUGGUUUUAUUUUUUGUUUGCCCCUGUGGAAUGGAGAAUGCUCUCCAGAAAUAUGAACUAAAAUGAAUGCAUCAACGUUCAUGGUCAUUUUCAGUUGUGCUAUUUCUUACCCGUUGGAAUUCUAUUUGGGAUAUAAUUCAUUAAAGUUUCGGUAAUAAGGAUGGGGUAUUAAGUGAAAUUGUAAUUAUUUAUUUUUGCCCCUUACCGUAAGCUUAAUUUAAGGUUUUGGUGCAGGUUAACAACUAUUAUGAAAAAAAAAAAAAUCGGUUAGUUGUAUUGCUCCAUUAUGAAAGGUUUCAGUAUAAUAAUAGUUAUAAUUGUGCUGUUGCGGAAGGUUACAGAAUUAACUAUUAUUAUCUUCCGUUUAAGGGUAACGGAAGUGAAAAGAUUAAUAAUUCAGACUUUCGGUUACGGGAACUUAUUUCCGUGUUUAUGAUUUCCAUAAUAAUUAUUAUGUUCUCAUUCGGUUACGGAGAGUUUUUUUUCCGACUUUGGUUGAGGUUAUAAUAAUAAUUAUUAUCAAACCAGAUAAUUAAUUAAGUUUGUUGUCAUUAACUAGGAUAGUAAAAACCUUUUUUUUCCUUUUUCCAUGAGUUAUCUUUAAGAUUUGGUACCAGUUACGGAAAUUGAGCUGAAUCUAUCUUUCAGUUUUUCAGUUGGAACUCACAUAUUCUAACGGGACAAGCUACGGUGCUAAUCCUAUAGGGGGUUAGCACCGUACUAACUAAUAUUUAAAUGGUUUAAUUUUAUUUUUUAUUAAAUGGCCAUAAUUAAAGAAAGGGUAUAAUAGGAAAUAAGAAGAAAAUUAAAAAAAAUAUGAAAUUAAUAUGAUUUACGGAAAGUGGGGGAUUGGGUUUUUUAAUUGGUUUAAUUUUAAGGGAUCCAUUAAUUAUUAACUUCCAUUUUUUUAAUUAAAUCUGUUUCCGUUAGUGGGCGGAUUUUAAGGGAUUGGGGAUGGUUAUUGCUUGGAAAUAAUUAUUAACCCUAAUUUCUCGGAAAAAAAUAAUUGUGCUCCAUAUCAAUCUAAUAUCACGUCUCCCUCUUUAAUUGAUAGAUAUUUAUUAGUAGCAAUAUUAAUUUAAUAGUAGUGAUUCCAUAGUAAUAACAUUACAUAUUUUAACGAUAUGGUGUAGUGGUUAUUACCAUUGGUAGUGUUUUCAAUAGUUUUUUUUUGUCAUAGUCAUUUCAUUCCUCGGUUGAUUGUUUGUAGUAGCUAUUUUCGAGGUGGUAAUAGUGUUUCCAAUAAAAAGUACUAUUCCAAUAUAGUAGUUGUUAAUCGUGAUCGUAGCAAUAUUUUAUGAUGGUAGUAGUGAUUUUACAAAGAGAAAUUAUCAACAUAAUAAGAUUGAAUUCAUUAUGAACAACGCAAAGAAAAGAACUUGUUACUGCUACACAUAAACAUCUACUAAAAAAAGUUAAACCAACUACUAUAUUGAAAUGAAACACUACUACAGGAAAUACAAAUGGGAGAAAACUACUAAUCUUCUUCCAAACACUACAACAUUGAAACGCUACCACACGAAUUGGGAAUAAGUCAAUGUCACUGCUACGAACUGACCCAUCGAUUCAAUACUAUCCACAAACGAAAACACUACGAAUGAAUGGCCAUCUGCCUUCACUGUAAACUGAACAUCGCCGGAAAAUAAAAAUUAAUCCCACUCCGAUCAGAACCCAAAACAGAGCUAGGAUACAGCAACCUACACGCAACCUCCAUUGAAGACAGAUCUUGAACAAAAAAAUAAAUAAAUAACCAGCAGGGACGGCGACAUGCAAUGGAAAGACAGAUCAUAAAUCCAAAAACAAAAAACCAGAACAUGGAAUGGAGCAUGCAAUGGCGCCUAUGAGAUGAUGGAAGGACGAUUGAUGAGACUUGACUAUUACUUGAGGCGGCUCCGAUCUCGGAUGAGCAGAGGGCGGCGACAAGGUGGGAACCUCGGAGGACGGCGACGAGGACGGACAAGCGGUGGCUAUCGUCGAGUUCGUAGGAGCAGAGGAGGGCGCAGGGAGUAUUCGGUGGCGACGAGGUCGGAGGAGCAGAGGGUUGCGUCGCCGAGGAUAGUUCAGGCGAACAACGGCCGCAACUCUCGGCUUCGCUAGGUGAAGAUGAUGCGACGAAAUAGAGAGGAAAUUGAGAAGAAAGAAUCUCCCAAAAAAACGAAAGUGACUGUUGGGAUCCCACCACAAAAAUUUCGGCUGAUUUGAAGCAAUGACGUGACGUCAACUAAUUACACAGACCUUACAAAAAUACCCCUCACAAUAAAAAUCCCUUUUAUCAGCCGAAAAAAAAAGGAAAUUGAUAUAUGCGGUUAGGACGGUGCUAACGGGGUAUGGGGUUAGCAUCCCAUCCCAUCCCUAUUCUAAUGAUGAUGAUUAUGGUUCGGUUACGGUUUCAAUAAUACUAAUUAUUUAUGAUGGGUUACAAAUGUGAAGUUUAAUUAUUACCUUCCCGAUAUUAAGUAUUUUUUUUAUUUGUAUGAUAAUGAUUGUUGGCUUUUGCCGUGACUAGUAAUUAAUUCCUACAGUUAAGUAAACCAUUAUUGUGAGUUCAUUAUGCUUCUGAAGGGUCCAUUAAUAAAGACAACAACAUGAAUUUAUGGUCUGCUUAUAUAUUUGCCUUGGAUUUUAGGGCCAGCCAUAAGGAUUUCAAGAUUUAUUUGUUUUUUUUUUCGUUGUGUGAUGGUCGUUCGACUAUUAAAAUGCACUUUACGGUAAUUUUGUGCAUUUCAUGUCUCGUAAAUUGUUUGGUAAACAAGACCAGUUUAUGAGGAAUGUAAGCAUCAUUUCAUCAAAUCAAUUUUGGGGUCGGUUUAACAAAUUUUUUUGAUAAAUCCCUAUAUGGUAAAGGUUUACAUUUUAGUGCGUGCAAAUUAUGUAUUCACUGGCCCAAAGGUAGGUGAAUAUUUAAGGUUCCAUAUGUGCGCAUAAAGUAAUAAAUAUGUGAUGAUUAUUCGGUUAGCAUGUGAAUUUUAAAUCGGCCCAAAGGUGGAUUUACUGUUUCAUAUGUUCUUAUCAUCAAUAUUUAAUUAUCGUGUCAUAAGACAUCACUUACAAGUUAAUAUUUUGUCCAAAGAUAAAAUAUUAAUGGAGUGCAAGGUGUCUUGAGAUGGAGUAAACAGUUAUUUAAAAUUAUUAUUGUAAUUCUCUCUUAAUGAUAAUUAAUCACUUAUUUGGAAUUUUGUGAUUAUGAGAGAAUUGUCCGGUAUUUUAAUUAAGUCAAUUUUAGCAGUAUGUUGCCAAAGUAACCUCUACUUGUGAAAAAUUAUUUAACUUAGAUUACAUGGAUGUACGUGUAAGGUUAUUUUAUGUGGGUAGUGCUCGACCCAAAGGACGACAUUAUUUGACCAAAAUAAUCAAGCACAUUAAUGGUAAAUACGUGAUAAUUAUAAAGUUGUUGUUCAUGUAAAUAACAGUCGGUCCAAAGAUAGGUUGUUGUUUGACAGAACUUAUUAUCAGUAUUUGAUCAUUGUUUUAAGAGUACCGCUCGCAGUUAAUUUCUCUGUCCAAAGACUAAGAAUUAAUGUUGCAUUUGGUAUCUUAUGAUGGAUCCCCAAAAUUUAAUAAUUUUAUCGUCUUGUUUAAUUACAUGGCCGAUGUGUGUUUUCUUUUAUCUCAACAUAGUUUUCGUGCUUUGAUUUAAACAUUUCUGUUGAAAUUAAAGUUAACUCUUCUG